GGCUACACACAGAGAGACCGGGCUGACGUCAGAGAGACGCGCCUUAAAACCUAAGAGCGCAUCACAGGGAGAUGCAUGGUUUGAUCACACAGGCACACAGGCACACACUCGCUUUGGAUUGUAAGAUAGCAGGGAUACUGUAGAAGCUGCAGCUGCUAGGUGAAUGAGGCGGAACUGCAAGGGAAGCCAAAAAGUUACUUUUCAAGACUGUUAAUCUUGGUGCGUAAAAUGAAAGUGGUGCGUAAAUGUCUGCGCGCCCCCAUUUGGAUAAGGUGGUAGGUCCAAAUUUUAAAACCUGAAAAGUUUAACGGCAAACUAGCUCUGAACUAGUGUCAGAGGCAAAAGUCUACCGUUGGCACGGAUGCUGUUGGAUGUCGCCCCGGGUCUGCGCUCCUGCUUUUGUCUCUUUGAUCUUAUUUGAGCCAUGGCUUACUCUCCGCUGGGAUACUCCUACUCCACCACACCGCAGUUUCUGAUGACCUCCAGCUCUCUGGCUGGUUGUCUGGAGCCGGGAACGCCUCCGUCACACCCGGUGCUGCGCUCCCCGGGCCACCAACUCACCGCUGGAACAGGCAUUGGACUCUACAGCGGCCCUUAUCCAAAGAGCCAAGGUUACUAUAACACCUGCACCAGCGACGCCACCGCUCUCUAUUCCAGAGGGCCACUAGAUCCCAAAGAAGAAGCAGGAUCUGUGCAUGUGGGGACGUCUCAGACUCCUGCCUACUAUCCCUAUGAAUAUACAUUUGGACAAUAUCCCUAUGACAGAUAUGGGUAUUCCUGCUCUGAUGGUGCUUCCCGUCGUAAAAAUGCCACCCGAGAGACCACCAGCACCCUGAAGGCUUGGCUGCAGGAACACCAGAAGAACCCUUACCCCACUAAGGGAGAGAAGAUAAUGCUUGCUAUCAUCACCAGGAUGACCCUUACACAGGUGUCUACUUGGUUUGCAAAUGCACGCAGGAGGCUGAAGAAGGAGAACAAGGUGACGUGGUCACCGCGGGCUUGUAAAAGCUCUGAUGACCGGGGCUGUGAUGAUGACAGUGACGAAGCUGAGAAGCCACUUAAAAACGACAAAGAACUUCCUGAUCAGCAGUGUGCAGACUUGCAGAGUGACCUUGAGGACUUUGACCUGCUGGAGUCAGAUGGUUCUGACUGUGAACCGAAGCCACAGUUUCUUUCUGAGGACAAUGACCCAAACCCAAACCCAGAUCUCCCACAUAGGCAUCUCACACACAAUCCAGACCUACUGCACGGAAAAGAGAGAUUGUCCCCAGACUGCCCCAAACUUACAAUGGUCCAACAGCAAAACAGCGCCUUCUAUCCCAAUCCAGACCUUCGAAGUACAGACACCAAGCCGAAAAUUUGGUCCAUUGCUCACACUGCUGUGUCUUUGGAUGCCAGUUUACAGCCAGAAUACCCUCCCUGUAUGCUGGCAUCGACCAGGUCCUCAUCUCCCGGGUAUCCAUCAAAUAUGGCGCUUACAAAGGCAGACAGACAACAGGAAUCACCAGUCGCCACGCUCAGAGAAUGGGUGGACGGAGUUUUCCAUGGUCCUCCUUUCCAACAGCCCAAACCAGCUGAGGUGUGGAAAGGCUUAAAUGAUGCCGUGAUAGACAGCAGAACACCCGGACAAUCCUUUGAACUUGUUAGGUCUACGUCAUCUUUGUAGUCCGACCAACACAUCAUCAAUGGAAUAUUUCAAAGACUGCUGGACUUAAAACAAAAAGUCUAGAUUUUGUUCUUGUGACUUGACCAAUUGACCGUUUGCUAAGCGCCAUCCCCCUUAGUUACUGUUGCUACACCUGUCAAGCUUUCCUUUCUCAACAGCACAUAUGUAGUUUACAAUGAUAACAGUAGUAGAUUUACCGUUCAAAAUCUUUAAUACAUUUUGAUUCCAAACAAAGGGGUAGACAAAAGCAGGCUUCUCAGUUUAGCCAACAACCGUUGAUUUUGCCAUCUGAAAUGACAACUGUUGGUGGCAGAUUGUAUUAGCUCUAGCUGGCUUACUAAUUAAGCUAACGUUAUCUCCGUGAGUUUAUUAGAAAACCUGACUCUGGCUGACUUGUAAACUUGACAGCUCAAUCUUGUAAAAGGGGUCAUAAAUAUGCAUUAUUGGCUAAAUGCAAUAUAUUGUGCUAACAGACUGAGGCUAAAGCUUCAUGUCACAGGCAAAAAGUCAGCAUAUCCUCACCAGUUGACGAUCCAUGUAGAAGACAAGCAGGCUUUUGUGAUGAGGACUGACCAAUGCAUCUGGCAAAUGUAACGCUAUCUCAGGUAAUGUUGGCUUGGGUUGCUAGAGUGUAAACUUCCCCAAAUCUAGUAAAGAGCAGGACAGAGCUGCUAACAUUGGCCAAAACUCUAAUGGUAUCCAGGACUGACUUGCACACAAUGGGAAAAUGCUACACAGUGGAUGUGCUAAUCGUGUAACGCAACAUUGUAACCCCACAGGUAAUGUAGUUGACGCUAGUUAAUGAUGUGCUCCUUGGCUUUGGAAAUUAUGCUUGAUUACUGUAGGCAGUAAGCUAGUUAGCCGGACAUACUAAUGAUUGAAGUUUACAUUAAAGCAAAACAAUCUAUCAAUCUAUUUCUUAACCUUUUUCUCCUGUGAUUUUGAUAAUCUGAUAUUUUAGAAAAAGUUUGAAAAAAAGACACCACCCUCUAAAUGCUUUAAAUUGGAGUAUCGCGGGGCAGGGGUUUAGUGAACGGUCAGUUAACAAUUUAUGAUCAUAUUUUGGCAUUUGGAUAGGCCCUAACUCUCUUCCAACUUACAAAGUCUUAUGGGCUCCAUAAAUGGUCAAACGUCUUGUAGCAAACAAGUGUCACCACACACGUUCCUGCAGCAAGGUUGUACGGUAUACACACAUGAAAAAUAUACAAUAUUGUACACUUGCACUAUAGCCUGCACAUGCACUGAGUCACAAAAAUAAAAGGUGUAUUCCGUAGCAUGGCAAA